CUUAGCUGGGCAGGAAGUCGGGGCGGGCGGUGCAGAGAGGAGCUCUGGGGACUCGGGGCGCCUAGAUCUCUCCGGCUUAACGCUCACCUCGGUGUCUGCUUCAGCUUGUGUUUCUUUCGUGGGCGACGAGGUCCAGCUGCCUGAGAUUCAUCAUGUCUGUUCUCAAGAUCCAUGCCAGAGAGAUCUUUGACUCUCGUGGGAACCCCACUGUCGAGGUUGACCUCUACACUGCGAAAGGUCUCUUCAGAGCUGCUGUGCCCAGUGGUGCCUCAACUGGUAUCUAUGAGGCCCUAGAGCUCCGGGACAAUGAUAAGACUCGCUACAUGGGGAAGGGUGUCUCAAAGGCUGUUGAGCACAUCAAUAAAACUAUUGCACCUGCCCUGGUUAGCAAGAAACUGAACGUUGUGGAGCAGGAGAAGAUUGACAAGCUGAUGAUCGAGAUGGAUGGGACAGAAAAUAAAUCUAAGUUCGGUGCCAACGCUAUUCUGGGGGUGUCCCUUGCUGUCUGCAAAGCUGGUGCUGUUGAGAAGGGCGUUCCCCUGUACCGCCACAUUGCCGACUUGGCUGGCAACUCCGAGGUCAUCCUGCCAGUCCCGGCCUUCAACGUCAUCAACGGCGGUUCUCACGCUGGCAACAAGCUGGCCAUGCAGGAGUUCAUGAUCCUCCCCGUCGGGGCAGCAAGCUUCAAGGAAGCCAUGCGCAUUGGUGCAGAGGUUUACCACAACCUGAAGAACGUCAUCAAGGAGAAAUACGGGAAAGAUGCCACCAAUGUGGGAGAUGAAGGCGGGUUUGCUCCCAACAUCCUGGAGAACAAGGAAGGCCUGGAGCUGCUGAAGACCGCGAUCGCGAAGGCGGGCUACCCGGAUAAGGUGGUCAUCGGCAUGGACGUGGCCGCUUCCGAGUUCUUCAGGUCUGGGAAGUACGACCUGGACUUCAAGUCUCCCGAUGACCCUAGCAGGUACAUCUCAUCUGACCAGCUGGCUGAUCUGUACAAGUCCUUCAUCAAGGACUACCCGGUGGUGUCCAUCGAAGACCCCUUCGACCAGGAUGACUGGGGCGCCUGGCAGAAGUUCACAACCAGCGCUGGGAUCCAGGUGGUGGGGGAUGACCUCACAGUGACCAACCCCAAGCGCAUCGCCAAGGCCGUGGGCGAGAAGUCGUGCAACUGCCUGCUGCUCAAAGUGAACCAGAUCGGCUCCGUGACCGAGUCCCUCCAGGCGUGCAAGCUGGCCCAGGCCAAUGGCUGGGGCGUCAUGGUGUCUCAUCGUUCUGGGGAGACUGAAGACACCUUCAUCGCCGACCUGGUGGUGGGGCUCUGCACUGGGCAGAUCAAGACUGGUGCCCCUUGCCGAUCUGAGCGCUUGGCCAAGUACAACCAGCUCCUCAGGAUUGAAGAGGAGCUGGGCAGCAAGGCCAAGUUUGCCGGCAGGAACUUCAGAAACCCCCUGGGCAAGUAAGCCACGGGCCGCGAGCCCUGCGCCCUCAUCACGGGGUGGCCAAGAGUCCCCUCCCCUGACAUCAGCCCGGGCCGCUCGAGGGCCCCGACCAACCUGUGCAGUGGCCUCUGCUAGUUAGCUCCCCUCGCCCUCGCCGUGGCGCUGUCACCACGUCUUAGAACUCCACAGAACCGAGCUUGACCACCUGAGCCCUGUUGGAAACUCUACCCUUGUAAUCAUGUCAUUGGCCCGAAUCACUGUUUCCCUCACCUCGCUCUCCACCGAGUGCCUGGAGCCACGUGUCCCUCCAGUGUCAUCUCCGAGGUGGCCACAGGCGAGAUCCCCAGUGGUUUUGUGUGUGAAAUAAAAAGCCUCUGUG